AUGAUUAACCGUUGUUUAUUUAUUAUACGAAGAAAGAUAGUUAACAAGAAUCAGAAGUGGGAUACAAACAAGUAUCGGCCCCAGUUCACAAAGCGGAUCGUGAGCGAAGGCGUGGUGGUAACGGGUGAAGACUCGUGGUUUUCGGAAUCUGCGUUUCGUCGUCUCGAUUACUCACCAGCGGAAGGGUGCGAAGAGAGUAACGCGAGGGAAUUGCAGAAAGUCGAAACGAGAAGUAAAACGGUUUUGUUUUACACAAUUGGAACAAAACGUGGGUUGCUGGAAAAGUAA